AUGGAGAUGGUUAGUCCUGCAAGCCAUGAGAAAGCAAGUGUGUGGUGGUGGUUCGAGGCCUUGCCUAAGAGGUUGACAGCCGAGGUGAUUGAGACUGCUAGUAACACAAAAAAACUUGCCCAAGAUGAUCCGAGAAGAGUAACUCAUUCGAUAAAAGUGGGACUUGCACUCUCCUUGGUUUCAUUAUUCUACUACUAUCAACCACUCUAUGACAAUUUUGGUGUUUCAGGAAUGUGGGCUGUAAUGACUGUGGUUGUCGUCUUUGAAUUCUCUGUAGGAGCCACUCUUGGAAAAGGUUUAAAUAGGGCGUUGGCAACAUUACUAGCGGGUGCUUUAGGACUUGGAGCAUACCACUUAGCGAACCUAUCUGGACACAUAGGUGAGCCCAUUUUACUUGGGCUCUUUGUCUUCAUACAAGCUGCUACAUCAACAUUUGUACGGUUUUUCCCGAAAAUCAAGGCCAGAUAUGAUUAUGGGUUGUUGAUAUUUAUAUUGACAUUCUCCAUGAUAUCUGUGUCCGGUUUUCGUGAUAAUGAGAUAUUAGAGUUGGCGCACCAGAGGCUAUCAACAAUUAUCAUAGGUGGCUCUUCAUGUAUUAUCAUCUCCAUUUUGGUUUUCCCUGUUUGGGCGGGUGAAGAUCUUCACAAUCUCAUUACUCUCAACAUGGAAAAGCUAGCCAACUUCUUAGAACAUCCAUCUGUAAUAGAAUACUUCAAAACAUCAGAGAAUGGAGAGUCUACUGACGACAAGUCGUUUCUGCAAGGAUACAUAAGUGUUCUCAAUUCGAAACGUAAUGAAGAAUCUUUGGCAAAUUUUGCAAGAUGGGAACCAUGUCAUGGCCAGUUCCAUUUUCGCCAUCCAUGGAAACAGUACCUUACAAUUGGAACCCUAACUCGCGAAUGUGCAAACCGAAUUGAUGCGCUUAGUGGCCACCUCAACUCCGAUAUUCAAGCAAAGCCAGAAAUUUGCAGUAAAAUCCAGGAGGCAUGCACCACAAUGAGCUUGGAAAGUGGCAAAUGCCUAAGAGAAUUAGCAUGUGGAGUGAAAGCAAUGACUCACCCAUCAUCGGCGAAACCCCAUAUUUCAAAAGCUAAAAUUACAGCCAAGAAACUCAAAUUGUUACUCAAGUCAAGCUUAUGGGAACAAGAUGCUGACCUCUUAGCAGUGAUACCAAGUGUCACUGUGGCUUCACUACUAAUUGAUAUUGUCAACUGCACAGAGAAAAUCGCUGAUUCUGUGCUUGAGCUUGCCUCCUUAGCACAUUUUGAGAGUGUAGACCCUACUGUAUCCCCAGAAAAAUCACAAGUGGGACAAGGUGAACCAGAUAAACCGCUCACUGAGAUUGCUUGCCCUCAAGUUGUUAUAAUAGUUGAUGGGUCCGAAAAUGAAAAUCCUCCGGGACCCUUGACUAAUAGACACAUUGAAAUUUUGUGUGGUAACGAUAAGACCGGGUGCUGCCUGAAAAUUAGAGAUAACCAGGUAUGGUUGAUAUCUUACCUGCCAGAUUCUAAUAGGAACUCGGUAGGAGAGUUAGUUCGGCUCGAUUUUUGCUUGGCGGUCGUCCUACCGCGUAGCAAUAACAACAACAACAGACUCCCUCGCCUCCCUGUAACUGCAAAAGGCCCUGUGAGACUGAGAAGGCCCAAGGAGACUCCCCUGAGGACUCCUACUCCCCUCAAGGAGCCUACUGGUGGCACCUGCCCUACUGUGCAGGUCGGGUCUAACGUGACUUCUUCUUCUUCUAUUCCUACAACUGGGUGGCACACCACAUUCAUGCUUCGUAGCGAGCCUUUGCCUGUGACUUCCACCGAUGUUGCCGAGGAAGUUGACAAAGAGAAGGCAUUGAAGAAUGUGGCUGAGGCUGCCGUAAAGGAGAAAACUUCUAUGGUAGAGAAUGCUGAGGCACAGGCACAGGAGGCGGAAAGGGCCCAGGCACAAGCUGAUAAGCAAAAGGUAGAGUAG